CUGAGAGUGUUUAGGAAUAAAAAAAUUUAGAGUUCUGGAAAUAUCCACUGUGUUGAAAGGAAGACAUGUAUCUGGUCGCUGCUGCCUGUCUCAUGCUGAGCUUUUGGGAAGAAGUGGACAGCUUCUGUCCGUCUCAAUGCACUUGCAUUUAUCAUGGCAGAAGCGACGGCACCGGAACAAGGUCUGUGCUGUGUAAUGAUCCUGAUAUGUUUGAGAUCCCUGUCAAUGUUCCUGUGGACACCAUAAAACUACGGAUAGAAAAGACAGUGAUACGAAAGAUUCCAGCAGAAGCCUUUUACUACUUGGUGGAUCUCAAAUACCUGUGGCUUACCUACAACAGUGUGGCUAGCAUUGACACCAGCAGUUUUUAUAACUUAAAGCAGUUGCAUGAGUUGCGUCUCGAUGGGAAUUUGCUGUCAAGUUUCCCUUGGGAAUCUUUGGCCGAAAUGCCCAAUUUACGAACCCUCGAUUUACACAACAAUAAAGUGACUAGCAUUCCGGCUGAGGCUGGAAAAUACCUGAGAAACCUCACUUACCUGGACGUAUCCAGCAAUAAAUUAACGACCUUGUCAUCAGACCUCAUGGAUGUUUGGCCUCCUUUUUCUGAAGCACCCAGAAACAUUGACUCAGCAACCCAGAGGAUCAUAUUAGGUUUGCAAGACAAUCCCUGGUAUUGUGACUGUCGGAUUUCAAAACUCAUUGAAUUUUCCAAAAUUGUGGAUACCACAGUGGUGCUUUUGGAUCCUCUUGUGGCUUGUAGUGGACCUGAGAGCCUGGCUGGAAUCUUGUUUCAAAGAGCAGAGCUGGAACAAUGUUUAAAACCAUCAGUAAUGACUUCAGCCACAAAGAUUACCUCACCUCUGGGAAGCAAUGUUCUGCUACGCUGUGAUGCAACAGGAUAUCCCACUCCUCAACUCACCUGGGUUAAAUCGGAUAACAUACCAGUAAACUAUACAGUUAUUCAAGAAAGUCCAGGAGAGGGUGUUAGGUGGUCCAUUAUUAGUCUGACAGGCAUUUCCUACAGGGAUGCUGGUGACUUCAGAUGCAAGGCCAAAAAUUUGGCUGGACAAUCGGAAGCUUCUGUUACUGUCACCGUUGUUGGUGUUGUCACCACAACCCUGUCUCCACAAAAGUUUGUGAAAAAGACUGAAGCGGAGCCUCAAAAUACAACACUGGAAGAUAUCAAACAAGAAUCCUUCAAUUCAACCACCUUUUCUUCUACAACAUUGACUCUUCCUGCAACCACAACAGCAAUGACUACAACUGAAGGCUUUACCACAGAAAGAACGGCUGACAAAAAGCAGCCCAAGUCAACCCCUGACGGGAGAAAGAAUUCCAAGGCAGUUAUCAAUGGAAACAACAAGAAGACAGGUGAUGUUGAUAACAAAGACUAUGGUGCAGUCACCAAGCAAACAGUUGCAAUAAAAAACCUAAGGGUGAUCCCCGAAACCGAUGAACGAGUAACCUUAACGUGGAAAACUGUCAACGCCACGAGCAGCUCUGCUUUGACUGUAUUGUACUCCAGGUAUGGGGAGAAAGACAUGCUGCCACUGAGCAUAGACCCCAACAAAAAUAAGAUCACCAUAGAUGGUUUGGAGCCCAGUAUACAAUAUAUGGCCUGUGUGUGCCCCAAAGGGAUCCCACCCAUGAAAGACCAAUGCAUCAUUUUCUCCACUAAUGGGACUGGCCUUGUAGAUGAGUCUCAGAUUUCCAUUUUGCUGAUUGCUGGUGGGCUGGCCUGCGUGAUUAUUUUACCAUUGAUAUUUUUCUUACUAUACAAAGUCUUGAAGCUUCACAGGAAGCCAAAAUCCAUCAGGGAAGCUGACCUAGCUAAAGAGACCUAUGUGAAAUUUGAAACCCUUUCCCUUAAAUCACGGUCCGUGGGGGCAGGUGGAGAGCUCUGGGCUCGAAGGAACACUGGGGAGUCAGAAAGACUUCUUCUUCACUCUCGAUCAAGUAUGGAUUCUGAGAUGACUUUUAAAAGUGAAGGUUCAAGAUCAGAGUAUUUCUGCUGACUCGGGAUGUUUAGUGAACAUUCUGAAGACCCCUGUGGGGGGAAGUGUAUCUUCAGUUGUGUGUGACGUCGGAGCAGUGCCAGUGACUCACACAAAUAACAAUGAAUACAAUGUGGGGUAGAAAUCAAACACUCUUUUGAUGAGACAUGGCACAAAACAAGGAAAAGAGGCCUCUUUCAAAAACUGACAUUUUGUAAAUUUGAAGCAACUCUGCCUAAUUUAUAUUCUGAUAUCUUUUUAUUAAUUUGCCAUGUUUUUGUUUUUGAAAAAGAUUUUUUUGUGAACAAAAUGUACCUGUCAAUUGCUUUGCAUGUUUCUUUGUUUUUAUAUUCAUUCAUGUUAGGUAGGAUAAGUUUUAACAACCAGUUUUUGUACAGAUGAAAUGCUAGACUGCUACGCUUGAAUAUAUUAAAUCACAAAUACAACAAUCAGUGGUGGGAUCCAAAAAUUUUAGUAACAGGUUUCCAUGGUGGUGGGAUUCAAACAGAUUCAAAUAAAUUGUAAUUGCACUGCUGAUCCUAUGCUCCAGUAGAUCAUAGUGCUGGGGCUCUAAAAACCAAUCCAGGAAAGAAAGAGUCAAUAAUAUUCUGCUUUUGGACAGACUCUAGAUUCCAAAGGGUAUCCACUCUUCCUUGGAAAUGAUUUCUGCAUGCAUAUGGGGAAGAAUUUAUCAAACUUCAGCCCAGGACAGGCGAACUUGAAGGUACAUUGGAAAUGACAUACUCUUACAUCCUUAAUGGUGCCCUCCAGUGCCCAUUAUUUCCAUCUUUAUCCUUUCAAUUAUUUAUUCCUUAUUCCAGCUUAUAAAUUUUCAUCUGGUUUAAGUUUUCUAACGUAAUCAGGUAGGAUUCAAUACUUUUAUAUAUUGUGCAAGUUCGCCUAUGUUAUUUUUAUUGUCUUUGCCCUCUAAUUCCAGUGCAACUACCCCUUGAAAAGGCAUAGUUGAAGGUGAAGUGGCUGACCUGAACAAUAACAGGCAAAAAAGGGAUGCAUGCAUUUUUGAUCCUUCAUUCUUGUGGGAGUGAAGCUUAUUCUUCUCCAAGACUGAAGUUCCAUGAUUUUGGCCAAUUUUCCCCAUGCAGCAGCCCUUGGUUCCACUGACAUAUCAUUCUUUAGAGUCCUUCUACCUCCAGCUUUGUAGAGAGCUGUUGUUGGAGGAAAAAGCCAUAAAGUUUGUAUAAGCGUUGGAUGCAACUCAU